GAACAGUUUUGAAUCAGGUCGGUACGUGUAUGCGCCUCAUCGUAUAUAACCUACUCGGGACUUCGCGCUAUGCAAUUCUGGUUUUGAUUGAUUUCUCUACCUUCGCUCUUCUGUAUACUCUACCAGCAAACAAUAUAACUUCAGAAUAAGCACACACUGUUGCACUUACAGUUGUCAAAAGAAUGGGAGGGCUUCUAUCCUCACCUAAAACGGACAAAUACAAUGAAACUGGUUGCGGCAAUGGACUUCGAUACGGGAUCUCCAGCAUGCAAGGCUGGCGUCUUUCAAUGGAGGAUUCUCACUGUGCCAUAACACAACUUCCUGGUAAUCUUAAGGAUUGGUCGUUUUUUGCUGUUUUUGAUGGCCAUGCUGGUGCUUUGGUAUCAGAACUCUGUGCCACAGAGCUAUUGAAGUGUAUUGUAGAUACUGAGGAAUUCAAGAAAAUCAAUCCUGAUUUGGCACCUAGUUUACAAGAAGUAGAACGUGGCAUUCGCGAUGGUUUCUUAUCUUUGGAUGAUCGUCUUCGACACCUUCCUCAACUUGCUAGCGGUGAAGAUAGAUCAGGAUCUACUGCUGUCUGUGUGCUCAUAACACCUAAACAUAUUUUCUUUGCCAAUUGUGGCGACUCUCGUGCCAUACUCAUUCGAAAAGGUAAAGUUGCCUUUGCCACAGUUGAUCAUAAACCUGUAAAUCCAAAUGAGAAACAGCGUAUACAAAAUGCCGGUGGUUCCGUUAUUAUACAACGAGUAAAUGGUUCUCUUGCGGUUUCUCGAUCAUUAGGGGAUUAUGCCUUUAAAGCUGCUAAAGAUUUAGGUCCUACGGAGCAACUUAUAUCCCCAGAACCUGAAAUCACUGUUGUUGAUCGUGAUAAAGAUUUAGAUGAAAUUAUCGUUUUAGCCUGUGACGGUAUUUGGGAUGUUUUAACUAAUGAAGAACUUUGUUUACUUUUGCAAAAUCGCAUGCGAUGUGUUGAUGAUUUAUCAAUGAUAUGCAAUGAAACUAUUGAUAUGUGUUUGUAUAAAGGAAGUUCCGAUAAUAUGAGUAUGGUUUUAGUGGCAUUUGAUCCUGCUCCUCGAGUAGAUCCUACUUCUAAAACGGAAGAUGAAAAUUUAGAAUCUGUUUUAGUACAACGUACUAAAGAAUUUUUGGAAAAGCAUAGCAAAACCGAAGUAACAACUGAAAUGGUUGUAGAAGAUUUACAAGCAUCUGUUGGCAGUUUGCCAUCUUCUGGGAAUUGGCUUUGCAAGAUUGGCAAAAUUCAAGAAAUGAUUGAUUCUCAUCGACUGGCUUAUUCAAAUCGUGGGAUUCAGAACCGAUGAACUCAUAUACUCUCUUAUCCUUCAUUCUCUCAUCUUUUUUAUUCCUUCUCUUAAAUGUAUCGAAUGCUUGUGUUACAUUUGUGCUUUGUAUGUAUGUAUGGGUGUUUGUAAAUAGGAUGAAUAUACGUGAGCUAAUUUACUCUUGUCUGAUUUUCACAUUAUGCUUAAAUCAAUAUUCUUGAAUUGUUGCUUAUUGAUCUAGUCACUCACUGUUUAAUCAAUUGAUGAAAAGUUGCUAAUGAUGAUACUAUAGGGUUUGUACAUGUCAUCUUGUUGGAUUAUAUUCAUUUCCAUUUGCAAUCAAUAUUUCCGUCAUAUAUAUAUAUAUAUAUAUAUAUAUACUUCAUGCUCAAUAUAUCUUCAUUUCCCUUCCUUUCUAUUCACCGAAGUAUGUGUAUUAUCUUCAGUCUAUCAAACGAUAAUGUGCAGUAUUAUAUAUCUGUUUUUCUCUAUCUCUUCAUUUUCUUUUAACAUAUUUGUGUAAUAUAUUUCAUGUGGUUUCAUUUGAUCCUAACAGUAGUAGAGUAACGGUAAUAGUAAUGGUAUUUAUGAUUAUUAUUUUUUUUAAUGAUACUAUUGAAUUUGUACAUGAUCAGCAAAAAGAAAAAAACACAAGUUGGUACUGCAUUUAUUUAUUACCAUUUUCGCAUUCAUAAAUUUAUAGUUAUGCAUGAGGCUAGAUUGUUUUUUUUGUUGCUACUUGGUAAUUAAUGUUGGUGUUUUGUUUCACUCAUGUUAACGUAUUUCUUAUAAUUUGUUUCUUUUAUGUUGCUAGAGAAAAAUUAACCUAGAGAUAUUCAAUAUUAUGUUUGUGUGCGUGUGUGUGAAUAAAUAUGAAUCCAAUCAUUUAAAGUCAAAGAUAUUUUUCUUUCUAUACAAAUAAGUCAUUCAUUGGUCUCGAUGUUGUCUCAGUUAAAUACGGUUAUGAGCACAACACAAAUAGUGUUGAACAUAAGAAUUAUUGAAUAUCCGAUACUGUUUAUUCAUUUUUUAAUUAUUAUUUAGUAAACACGUUUACAUAUACAAAGGAGAGUAUGUAGUUAUAACAAACUGAACAAUACUAGCCAUGGGUUUACAAAAGAAAUGAAUUUCUAGAAAUAUAUCGUAAAAACACUUACAAUUGAUCAGUCAGUUAUACUAAGCGUAAGACCUGGACCAUAUUGGCGACGGUUGAAGUUGGUGCACUGCAUUAACGCAGCGAGAUGGGAUCGAUAACAUAAAUCUCAAUGUAGUAGAGAUAGAUAUAGCGUCAGUAGUGCGAAAGAUUGUGGAUUUGGAAAGGAGGUACCAAGAGAUUCUGGGGUUCAAGAUCUAAGAGAAUACAUAGAAUGGAUGAAUUUAAGCCAUUUUAUCCGAUUAUGUCCCAUAUUAUCCACCAUCUCCAAAGACUUGUUGCGGCAAACGUGCAGACCCCGACCAAGUAAUGUGCACCUACUCAAAUUGCUCGAUCAACUUGUAAAUUGUGCUCGUAAUACUAUUUCAAAGGAUCACAAUGUAAUUCAGUUAAUAAGUUUCAAAGGUUAUGAAUUUAUCUUCUGUUAAUUAGUGGAUCUCUGUAACAUAAAUGAGGUACUUUUACCUAUAACCAUCUACUUUAAUAUAUUUCUUAACGUCUUUUGCUUCAAAUAGCCGGUGUUGGAUGUUCUUAUUGGCAUUUUACCUGGAUUUAAAUCUAAGACUAACGUUCAGUAAGACAAUGAAAACUAAACAUUUGAUCUCAAUUUGUUUCAACAGUUAUUUCUUCAGUGUCAGUAACCGUUUUCAGUUUCGUGUAAUUAUACUUCCAUUACAUCAUAAUGUUAUCAAUUCACAAAAUUGUUUUGACAAGUAGUCGCUCUUUUUUUCUGUAAUACAAACUAAUGUCGAAAUUAAGAAUAUACCAAAGGAAAAGAAUACAGAAUUUGAGUAAAUAUCAUCAUUAGUAUGAUAAUGUCAUAUAUAAAAUAAUGUAACUUGAAUACUGAAAUCUAAAAUUUCAAAUUUCUAUAAUACCAUAUGAUAUAAAAUUAUGUUAUGAAAACAAGUUUCAAAAGGACACACCAUUCAAUUCAAAAUACCGCCCACAAGAUAAUUACUUUAUAAAUUCAGAUAGUAGACAAUGAAUUUUCAUCUUUCAAUAUGAUCAAUCUUAUUUGAUAAGAAAAACAAACAAACUAGUCACCUAUUUAACAUUAAAAUCUAUUUCAAAGAUUAUUUUCUAAUUAAAUCUUUAUAUAAUUUUUUUUCAAAAAAAUAGCACAUUUUAUGUCA